AUGGCCAGGGAACAUCAUCUACGCCGGCUACUUCCCAGUGUUUCAGACGAGUCCGAUGAUGAAGGAAGCUUGCCUCAUCAUGCAAGCAAAGAAGAAUUGGAAAAGAAACCUCACUUCCUAAGACUCUUCGUUAAGCCUUGCAGCUUUCUCCUGAUUCUGUUGACAACCUGUGUCCUUUCAUUUUGGGCUGGGACUCGUGUCCUUGACCGGCAAGCAGACGUUGAUAGUCUAUGCGCAAAACAUACAACUCGAUGGUCCCCUCUUCUUAGAGAUGUUCCCAUCAAAUACAAUUAUAAGGAGUUCAACGGCUCUUUCUUAGAGGAAGAUGUAUAUCGAAAAGUCGGGUCCGCGGAGGUUGACGAAGCAUGGGAGGCCCUUGGGUCUGCCUAUCGAUCUGGUGUCAUCUCAUAUGAGGAUGGUACAGCAAGUGGCCUGGACCCAUCCUUCGUCCAGCGAGCGGAAAAGUAUGGCGGAGGCUUCAUUGUGAAUGUCGAGGGAAUGCAUCAUCUACAUUGCUUGAAUUUGAUGCGCAAAGCCCUCUACUUCAACUACGAUCACUACAAAGAGCUAGGGGAGCACGCCUUCGUUAACGAAGAGUUUAUCCUCCGGCUACACAUCACACAUUGCCUCGAUACACUCCGUCAAGUCUUAAUGUGCAAUGUAGAUACAGGUGUACUGGGACAGGUAUGGAUAGAUCCCAAGGAGCCGACGGCAUUCCCAGAUUUCAGCACAAAGCACGUCUGCAAAAACUACGACGAUAUACGCCGUUGGGCAGAACGCAUACAGGCACCGCCUCCCGACAAAAUACCUAAGGAUUACCUGGCUCGCCCUAAAGCUGGAGAUGUGCUCGAUUUCACGCCUUGA